GAGUGAAGACUAGUGGUAAACUAGGCACGGCACAGUGUUGACAGCUAUCUGGCCUGGUGAGCCUAUCUACUGUAGCAACGUUUAAAACUAUUUUUCUGACUAUCUGUCAAGUUUUUUUUUCCGAUCAUGACAUCAUCCAUUGAUGAAAGCGAAAAAGACAAGGCACGUUCAGUGUCUGUGGACCUGAACAAUGAUGCCUCUCUGCUCAUUGACAUUCCUGAUGCACUCUGUGAAAGAGACAAAGUCAAGUUUACUGUCCAUACCAAGACCACACUCAGUUCCUUCCAGAAGCAGGAUUUUUCUGUUCCCAGACAGCAUGAGGACUUUAUCUGGCUUCACGAUACACUGGUCGAGACUGAGGAUUACGCUGGUCUCAUUAUUCCGCCAGCACCUCCAAAGCCAGACUUUGAGAGCCCAAGGGAUAAAAUGCACAAGCUAGGGGAGGGUGAAGCCUCUAUGACCAAGGAGGAGUACACCAAGAUGAAGCAGGAGCUGGAGGCUGAGUACCUGGCGGUGUUUAAGAAGACCGUACAGGUCCAUGAAAUCUUCCUGCAGAGGCUGUCCUCUCAUUCUGUUCUAAGCAAGGACAGAAACUUCCAGAUAUUCUUGGAGUACGACCAGGAUCUGACUGUGCGGAGAAAAAAUGCAAAGGAGAUGUUUGGGGGAUUCUUCAAGAACAUGGUUAAGACCGCUGAUGAAGUCAUCCUCUCAGGGAUUAAGGAAGUUGACGACUUCUUUGAGCAAGAAAAAGUCUUCCUUUUGGAUUAUUCUGGCAAGAUUAAAGACUCUACAGCCAAAGCGGAGAAAAUGACACGCUCUCACAAAAAUGUAGCUGACGAUUACAUUCACAUCUCCGCCACGUUGAACAGUCUUUCAGCUGACGACAACACGGCACUUAAAAAGCACAUUGAGAAGUUUGCUGACUUGUUUGAGAAGCUCAGGAAAGUGGAGGGCAGAGUAUCAUCUGACCAGGAGCUGAAACUCACAGAGCUCCUGAGAUACUACAUGAGGGACAUCCAGGCUGCCAAGGACCUUCUGUACAGACGAGCCCGUGCCCUUGCUGACUACGAGAACUCCAACAAGGCCCUGGAGAAGGCCCGGAUGAGGAGCAAAGACGUAGCCCAGGCAGAGGAGCACCAGCAACAGUGCCUGAAGAAGUUUGACAAACUCUCAGAGUCUGGGAAGAAAGAGCUCACUAGUUUCAAGGGCAGGCGGGUUGUGGCCUUCCGGAAGAACCUCAUAGAGAUGGCUGAGCUGGAGAUAAAACAUGCUAAGAACAAUGUGGGCCUUCUGCAGGGCUGCAUUGAGCUGCUCAAGAGCAACUGACCUGUGAACCCCCCUCUCCAUCCUUCACCAAGUGACCCGCCUUUUGAAAGGACACAUGGACACCUUCCACCCUAGCCAGUGUCAGAUGUCACUUGGGCCAGCUGUCUGCUCCCAUGUUUACUGCUUUGUACCCUAUACCCUACCCCAGUGUUCUGUCCUCUCUCUCUUCCAUGUCCCCAAAAAGUCCUCACCUUUUGUGAUUGCAUUCAGGGACAGUGACGACCAGCACAUGUAUGAUCUUCCAUUUUAUUUUUUACAUCAUGGAUUAUAUUGGCAAUAUGUAUGCUUGCGUUCUCUCGUUAUACCAUGUUUUGUAUGCAGGUGGAGGCAAUUGGCUUGUGAUCUUUGCUUAAUUAACAGGCUCUAACCCCUUGCUUUCUCACAUUAGCCUAUGCACAAAAUGGCUAACUAGACAGAGUGGCUUUGGUUUAUGUAACAUUGAGGUUCCUUUGAGUUCAAAUGCAGUUUUUCAUUUGUUUCUUUUCCAUUGCUUAACCACUGAGUCACUCGAAUACUUGUUUUACAAUUUGUUGGUGAGAUACUGACAGUUGGCACUUGUCUAAUGUUUACCCAUGGAAAUCAUUUUGAAAGAAAAGAUGCAUUGAAAAGAGCUGUGAUGUUAGAGCUUUUGGCCUACUGUAGAUGGAAGUCCUCAGGGAUUGGAGUGUGACCAAGCCGGAUUCCGCUAAACUUCCAGUUUGCUCUUCACAAAUCAGGACUGAGAAGCUUGCUGUGUUAGCACAUGGGAAUGGUUAUACCUCAGGAAUAGUAGCAUGAGAUUUGCUCACAUUCCUUUCAGUCAGUCAUAACUACAACAGCUUUUUGUCUGAAGAUGCACAGUUCUCUUGAUGAGAUUAGAACAGAUUAGAUCAUUUUUGUCCUGCCCUAGUUUCAGUUGCUCUUCAGUACAUUUAGAUUGGAGCCUUUAAAAGGACAUUACUAGUGAAUGAAGGCUGGUGGUCCACCCUAAACCCUCCUACCACACUCUGAGAUUGAGGUGUAAUGCAGUAGUGGGCUGACUGCCCGUAAGUCAUCUUCCCACAGUGUGACAGUGAGUCAUCUUACUAAUGACACCAGGAAGAGCUGUGUUCCAGGAAGAAGGCUAGUCAUCUCCUCAUUCCACCAGUAGCAUGUGCUUGUUGUAUUAGGCACUUGUGUUUUGUGUACUUGAAUGAAUGUAUACUUAACAAAAGUGAUUGAUAAGCAAUACACUACACAUACAAGGCAUGUUCAACUCCUAUUUUGGACUCCUGGACAGUCAUUUAACUCAGUGCACUUAUUCAGAAGGACAUGGCGUUUGUCUGAGAGGGCUACAGUGUCUGAUGCACACCAUCAUACCUUAUUCACCAGUUAUACAUUGCUUUCAGUGUUUAGCCAGUGUGGCACCUCUAGUGAAUUGAAUGACUAACAUGACCUCCUCCAUCCAUGGCUCCCCAAAUACUUUUGUUACUGAUAACACCACCAACAAAAUAUUCACUUUUAGGCCAAACCUUGUUACCUGUAUAAACGUGCCAAUGGACCAGAAGGUUCAUAUUUGAUUUCAAAUGAGUCUUGAAAGCAGUGAUAUACAUGUAAAAAUGCACUAUGACGGUAAAUACUCUGUGAUAUUGUUUCAAGUCCCCACUGAUGUUUUGAAAGAGUGUUUUUUGAUAACUGAAUGUAUUUGUAAUGAAACCCAGCUGAGUAAAUGCCUUUACAUUGUGGUUUUCUUACAGAACAUCUGGAUUUUAUAAAUUUGCAAUAAUGGCAUUAAAACUUUUCCAAAAUGUUA